AUGGCGACCCAAAACGCGCUUCUGAAACACGCUCUCAUCAUUUUCCUCUUCACCUUGACCAUCAUGGCAGAAACCGCGUUUUCACAAAACUGCGGUAAAAAUGGGUGUAAAGGCAACAUGUGCUGCAGCAGGUGGGGAUACUGUGGCACCACAAAUGCCUACUGUGGCACGGGAUGCCAGAGUGGACCUUGCAAAGCAAAACCUACUCCGACUCCAAGCGGUGGCGGCGGUCUAGACGCUGGUCCUCGGGGUACAAUAGCAAGCGUCGUCACACCAGCUUUCUUCAACAGUAUCAUGAGCAAAGUCGGAAAUGGUUGCCCAGCGAAAGGGUUCUACACUCGCCAGUCUUUCAUCGCAGCCGCUGAAUCUUUCGCGGCAUACAAAGGAACCGUUGCUAAGCGUGAGAUUGCUGCCAUGUUGGCUCAAUUUUCUCAUGAAUCUGGAAGUUUUUGCUACAAAGAAGAGAUAGCUAGAGGAAGGUACUGCUCACCGAGCACAACGUACCCUUGUCAACCUGGCAAGAACUACUACGGCCGCGGUCCGAUCCAAAUCACAUGGAACUACAACUACGGCGCAGCCGGAAAGUUUCUUGGACUUCCUCUGUUGACGGAUCCAGAUAUGGUGGCUCGUAGCCCAACCGUGGCUUUCAAGUGUGCCAUGUGGUUCUGGAACAAGAAUGUGCGUCCGGUUUUGAGCAGAGGGUUUGGAGCCACCACGAGAAGGAUCAACGGCGGUGAGUGUGACGGUAGGCGUCCAGCCGCGGUGCAGAGUAGGAUUAACCAUUACUUGGAUUUCUGUAAGAAGCUUGAUGUCUCUCCUGGAACCAACCUCAGCUGCUGA